CCAACGCUCCAAGCCCGAUGUUUAUUUUGCUCCCGCUAGGAGGAUGCCCGCUGAACGCAAGCGAUCUAUAAACAUGGACGAGAAAGAGGUGUGUACAUUCAGCAGCAAAGAAAAGGAGAAAGACAGAGAUGGCGAGAGGAGACCGGCCUCCUCCCGGGAUAAAGCAAAAGACGAGGCCAAAAUGAGCGGCAAAAAAGACUGUGGUAAGGCUGCGGAGGAGAAGAAGAAGCGGCUGGAAGAGGAAAAGAGGAAGAAAGAAGAAAAAGAGCGAAAAAAGAAAGAGGAGGAAAAACAGAAAGCUGAGGAGGAGCAGAGAAAGAAAGAGGAGGAGGAGAAGAGACAGCAGGAGGAGCAGGAAAGGAAGCUUCAGGAGGAGGAGGCCAAAAGACAACGCGAAGAAGAGGCGGCUCAGCAGAAGGAAAAGGAGGAGGGGCACCAGCUACACCAGGAGGCCUGGGAGCGACACCAGUCUAGGAAGGAGCUCCGCAGCAAGAACCAGAAUGCCCAUGAGGGUCGCCCUGAGGAAGCCUUCUUCAGCCGCCUUGACUCCAGUCUUAAGAAAAAUACGGCCUUUGUCAAGAAGUUGCGAACACUCACCGAACAGCAGCGCGACUCCCUGUCCAAUGACUUUGCCUCACUCAACCUCAGCAAGUACAUCGGUGAAGCAGUGGGCUCUGUUGUGGAAGCCAAGCUGAAGAUCUCGGAUGUGGGUUGUGCCGUUCACCUGUGCUCCCUUUUUCACCAGCGCUACGCUGAAUUUGCACCUCUGUUGCUGCAGGCGUGGAAGAAGCACUUUGAAGCACGGAAGGAGGAGAAAGCGCCCAACGUGAGCAAGCUGCGCACAGACCUGCGCUUCAUUGCCGAGCUCACAAUUGUUGGCCUGUUCACAGACAAGGAAGGCCUAUUGCUCAUCUAUGAGCAGCUGAAGAACAUCAUUGGGACAGAUCGGGAGACCCACACACAUGUGUCAGUGGUCAUCAGUUUCUGUAAGCACUGCGGAGAUGACAUUGCUGGCCUGGUGCCCCGCAAGGUGAAACUGGCUGCAGAGAAAUUCGGUCUGGUCUUCCCUCCGAGUGAGAUCAUUAAUACAGAGAAGCAGCAGCCCUUCCAGAACCUUCUCAGGGAGUACUUCACAUCGCUCACCAAACACCUGAAGAAAGACCACCGGGAGCUACAGAACAUUGAGCGGCAGAACAGGCGGAUCCUCCAUUCCAAAGGCGAGCUGAGUGAGGACAGACACAAGCAGUAUGAGGAGUUUGCCACCUCCUACCAAAAGCUCCUGGCCAACACUCAGUCACUGGCUGAUCUGCUUGAUGAAAACAUGCCGGAGCUUCCACAAGACAAGACUGUACAGGAGGAGCAUGGCCCUGGCAUUGACAUUUUCACCCCUGGUAAGCCUGGAGAGUAUGACCUUGAGGGGGGUAUCUGGGAAGACGAGGAUGCCCGUAACUUUUAUGAGAACAUGGUGGACCUCAAGGCCUUUGUUCCCGCCAUCCUCUUCAAGGACAACGAGAGGAGCAGCCAGGGCAAAGACAAGGAGGAUGCUAAGGAUGCCAGGGAGGCAAAAGAAGGUGCCAGCACGACAGAAGAACUGGAACUAGAACUGGAGGCUCUGGACAUUGCUGAUGAUCCUCUAGAACUGGAGGGCCCAGAUGAGGCGGAGAAUGAAGAGUUGGCCAAGAAACUGCUGGAUGAACAAGAGCAAGAAGACGAGGAGGCGAGCACUGGUUCUCACUUGAAGCUCAUAGUGGAUGCCUUCAUCCAGCAACUCCCCAACUGUGUCAACAGAGACCUCAUUGACAAGGCUGCCAUGGACUUCUGCAUGAACAUGAACACCAAAUCUAACAGGAGAAAGCUUGUUCGUGCCCUCUUCACUGUUCCCAGGCAGAGGUUGGAUCUCUUGCCCUUCUACUCUCGCCUGGUAGCAACCCUUCACCCCUGCAUGUCAGAUGUGGCGGAGGACCUGUGCUCCAUGCUGAAGGGGGACUUUAGGUUUCACAUUCGAAAGAAGGACCAGAUCAACAUUGAAACCAAAAAUAAGACAGUCAGAUUCAUUGGGGAGCUGGCCAAAUUCAAAAUGUUUUCCAAAACAGACACGCUUCAUUGUCUCAAGAUGCUGCUGUCAGACUUCUCUCAUCACCACAUAGAGAUGGCAUGCACCCUGCUGGAAACCUGCGGCCGCUUCCUCUUCAGAUCCCCUGACUCCCACCUACGUACCAGUGUCCUCCUGGAACAAAUGAUGCGUAAAAAACAGGCUCAGCACCUUGAUGCACGCUAUGUCACCAUGGUAGAGAAUGCGUAUUACUACUGCAACCCCCCGCCCAUCGAGAAGACAGUGAAGAAGAGGAGACCCCCGCUGCAGGAGUACAUCCGCAAGCUGCUCUACAAGGACCUGUCCAAAGUCACCACUGAGAAGGUGCUGAGACAGAUGCGCAAGCUGCCCUGGCAGGACCCGGAGAUCAAGAGCUACCUGAUCUGCUGCAUGGUCAAUAUCUGGAAUGUCAAGUACAACAGCAUCCAUUGUGUGGCCAACCUGCUGGCUGGCCUGGUGGCCUAUCAGGAGGAUGUUGGCAUCCAUGUGGUGGAUGGUGUGCUGGAGGACAUCCGUUUAGGCAUGGAGGUAAACCAGCCCAAAUUCAACCAGCGGCGUAUCAGCAGUGCCAAGUUCCUGGGAGAGCUCUACAACUAUCGCAUGGUGGAGUCAGCGGUCAUCUUUCGUACCCUCUUCUCCUUCAUCUCCUUUGGGGUAAACCAGGAUGGCAGCCCCAGUCCUCUGGACCCCCCAGAGCACCUGUUCCGCAUCCGGCUGGUCUGCACCCUACUGGACACCUGCGGCCAGUACUUUGACAGGGGCUCCAGCAAAAGGAAGCUGGACUGUUUCCUCAUUUACUUCCAGCGCUACAUCUGGUGGAAGAAGAGCAUUGAUGUGUGGAACAAGGACCAUCCGUUCCCCAUAGACAUCGACUACAUGAUCAGUGACACCCUGGAGCUGCUCAGGCCUAAGAUGAGGUUCAGCUGCUCCCUGGAGGAGGCCACCAAACAGGUUACUGACCUGGAGAGAGAGGUCCUGGUCAAAUUAGGUCUUGCCAUGGAAAAGGACGGCCGCUGCUCUAGUGCCAUGGGUGACGGGGAGGUGCUGGAUGAGGAAGAUGAUGAGGGUGAUGAUGAUGAAGAAGGGGGUGCGGAGACAGAGGAGCAGUCGGGCAACGAAAGCGAAAUGAACGAGCAGGAGGAGGAAGAAGGGUCUGAGAAUGAGGAAGAAGAGAGGGAGGAAGAGGAGGAGGAGAACACAGACUACCUGACGGACUCCAACAAAGAGAACGAGACGGACGAGGAGAACAAUGAGGUGACUAUCCGUGGCGGUGGACUAAAGCAUGUGGCCUGUGCCGAGGACGAAGACUUCAUCCAGGCUCUGGAUAAGAUGAUGCUGGAGAACCUGCAACAGCGUAGUGGCGAGACGGUGAAAGUGCACCAGCUGGAUGUGGCCAUCCCUCUGCAGCUGAAGAGCCAGCUGAAGAAGGGAGGCCCUGGACCUGUGUGCUCCGGGGAAGGAGAACAAGACAUCUCUGACACCAUGCAGUUUGUAAUGCUCACACGCAAAGGCAACAAGCAGCAGUAUAAGAUCCUGAACGUGCCCCUGUCAUCCCACCUGGCGGCCAACCAUUUCAACCAGCAGCAGGCGGAGCAGGAGGAGCGCAUGCGGAUGAAAAAGCUGACCCUGGACAUCAACGAGAGACAGGAGCAGGAGGACUAUCAGGAGAUGAUGCAGUCGUUGGCCCAGCGGCCAGCCCCCGCCAACACAAAUCGGGAGCGGCGGCCACGCUACCAGCACCCCAAAGGAGCUCCUAAUGCCGACCUGAUCUUCAAGACUGGAGGAAGGUGAGAGUCAAAGCCUCAGCCUUGGCCACCGACGGAACCGGCAGAAUGUGUUUGUGGCCGCACUCACUCCCCCUUGUUGGUGUCUUUCUGAACAGAGGACUUGGGGAAACAGGAGAAAAAUGAAAGGCAUGAGAAGCGAGACAGACAGGAGAGGCAAGAGAGGCAAGAAAAGCAGGAGAGCAACAGGAGAUAUGGAGGAGACUAGGCGUGUGUGUGUGUGUGUCUAAAAGUGUCAUCAAGCCCUAGUAUCCAUAGUCACCAGAAGCUAGCAGAGAGACGCUGAUUGGAGUCUGGCCCAGGGAGCACGAGAGUGAGAGCGAGCAAGAGAGAAGAGUAACAGGUGGCGGGGGAGGGGGGACUGGUCUCAUCUGGGGAACAGGGAGGAAAUCCUCUGGACACCCACAGACGCCAGCACAGACCCCCCCCAAACACACACACACCGAACCCCCAAGGCUGGAGGAGGAGAGUGAAGAGGAGGAAGAUGAUGAAGAAUGGGGGAGGUAGGCAUAUUAACAUGGGGUGGUGGCAACCCAAUACCCAAGGUCGAGGGUCAGACGAACGGACAGACAGCACCUUUUCUUUUUAUGUCUGUCGCCUGGAUGAGACUGCUGCAGCAACUUGCAACAAAAAGCAAAUCCCGCCUGUCUGAAUCUGCAGAACUACCAAGGUCAGCGAACUACUGACUGUCUUACAGACAGAUGGACAAACAGACAGAAACACCGGCACCAGGACGGAUCACCGGCGAGCUGGCAGAUCAGCGUAGGAUGCGGAUGAAGCACUUGCAUUUAGAACAUGGCUAGGAAGACAGAAAUAGAGUUUGCGUGGAAUAGUAGGAGGGGAGGGGGUUAGACGUCCGCAGGGGUUUUUCGACCCGGCCGGGAGCGCGUCUGUAACUCUUAUCCCUAUCUUAAAUAAACUUGCACACCUUUUUAUCAAGGCAGCUCCCCAAGACAUGGCAGGGGAAGGUGGGUUGCGAUGGGGUCACCCGCUGAAGUCCAGUUCGCCAGGCUUAUCUGGAAGGAAAAGUGUGAUGGUGUUCACAUAAACCAACUGUACAUUUGUAUGUGCGUGCGCGUGUGUGUGUGUGUGUGUGUGUGUGUGUGUGUGUGUUCACAUAAACCAACUUGUACAUUUGUGUGUGGGUGUGGGUGUGUUUCUGCAUAACCUGCCAUAAUGUGUUGUGGUAAUGACCCCCCAGACCCGGGCGGGGCAGGCAGGGGACCCGUGUGAACCGACCAGCGUCGCUCUACCUGUGUCCCAUGAUAACAAAUAUAUAUCUGAAUAUACAUAUUCUUUAUUUUUUGGGGUUUUAGCCCUCUAGAGGUUAUUUUUUUCACUUUCGGGAGCACCGGAGAGUCUGUUUUUUUUGCCAGUAUAAAUCCUGUGUAGGUUUUGAGUAGCGUGUGCUGUAAUGUGGUGAAAGCCUUGAUAGAUUUAUGAACAUCCGUGUCUGUGUUCGAGCCUCCUGCUCUGUGAUGACGUUGACUGUACUGCUUGAUCCUCUUCUUCUUUGGUUUCUGUUGACUGUGUGGUAGAUAUAGUUUGUGUCCUGCUGCAUGAGCUUCUUUCUUGCACCAGCAGCUCUGUAAGCCAGUCUGCCCAUGUUUUAGUAAAGUGUCCACUGA